AUGGGGCCCCCGGGCAAUAGGGGAUCAUGGGGCCCCUCUGUCCUCGCCCACACUCAAACCACACCCAAAAAAGCCUAUGAAAGGUAUCAGGGACAUCUCAUGGGGCCCCCUACUGACCCCAGGCCCUAGGGCAGUGCCCGAGUUCCCCAAUGGUCAGUCCGCCCCUGGGGUGGACUGACAACUCCUGGGGCCCCCGGGCAAUAAGGGAUCAUGGGGCCCCUGUGUCCUUGCCCAAACUCAAAAAAGCUUAUGAAAAAGGUACCAGGGGCAUCUCAUGGGGCCCCCUACUGAUCCCGGGCCCUCGGGCAGUGCCCGAGUUUCCAAAUGGUCAGUCCGCCCCUGAC